CCCAAAAACAGAGGUAUACCUACACUACCCAAAAACAGAGGUAUACCUACACUACACAAAGACAGAGGUAUACAGACACUACCCCAAAACAGAGGUAUACCUACACUACCCAAAAACAGAGGUAUACCUACACAACCCAAAAACAGAGGUAUAGCUACACUACCCAAAAACAGAGGUAUACCUACACUACCCAAAAACAGAGGUAUACCUACACUACCCCAAAACAGAGGUAUACCUACACUACCCAAAAACAGAGGUAUACCUACACUACCCAAA